GAGUCUCGUAAAGCAGAAGAAACGUUAUUUUGAAGCCACUGUGCUGCGUGAAUCUAUAUCACUAAUUAAUAGGCAGAAUUUUAGAAGAAAGGAGCCCUUUUUAAGUUAAUCAUUAAAUUGCCCUGAUUACCUAUUUCAUCCCCUCCUAUAUUCACAUCACACUAAUCACCUCACAAUCAAUGUGAGCAGUCCUUCUAUUGUUAUUCUGAUAACAAUGUGUCUGUGUUUCCGCCCAAGCUAUUGCACCAGAGGUUACAUGAUCAAAUACAUAAGAGCUCUCAUUGCUGAUGGUCUCAGUGUUCUCCUUCUUGCCAUUCACUCACAAAAAGCCCUUGUGAAUUUGACCAUUGAAAUCUGAUUCUCCCUUUUCUUUUUAAAACUUGAGCACAAAGUUUUAACCACCACAUCUCAGCCACAAGUGGACAAAAGGAGGUGGCACUUGGUUUUUAAGCGCUGUCAUGACAGGUCACUUGGCUCCAGCCAGUAAAAAUCGCAGGUUUGUGAAAUGUCAUCUUCCUUUUCAUCUCAUUCAGGCCUUUACGCUUAAUACCCGAUAGCCACCCUGAGAGGAUUUCAGUAGACCUGGAAAGACGGUGUGCCAGCUGCUCCGAAGAGGUAGAUUUGGGCGAAGCUCUUUUUUUUUUUUCUUCUUCUGCUAUAGAUAAUUCUGUGUUUAGUGCUUUUUGCUUGAGGCAAAGAAUGGUUGGCACAAGCCCAGUGAUUAAUCUGAAACAUGCUAUGGGAGUUUCAAAAGGACGGGGGUCUGGGAUCACCAAAGACUGAAACGCAAUCUACCAUUUUCAAUGACUCAGCGAGCGUGUUACACUACCAGAUAUUUCAGUUUCAGGGUUACAAGAUGACAAUGGCGUCUAUCAAGUCCAUCCUCAGCGAGUCUGGACAUUGAAACGAUGCGUGACCAGAGAGCCGGACCUUGAAGAUUGAAUGAGCAUGUUUGGCACGGUACCUAUUCGUCUGAAUUCCUACCUUGUAGCAACAGGUUAGGCAUCUGGCCUCCCCCAAAUGCUCUUAUAGCGCGCGGCUUUGACUUUAUUUUUCUCACGGCAUAGCGAUUUUCCUUUCCCACCAUGGUGGAACACAGUGGCCUAGACAGUCAGUGUCUGAACAAGUACUGUCAUAGUUCCUCCUCGUCGUCCAGCUCCGAGCAAGACAAAAAGAUGUUCACUAAACUAAAACUAAGUCUGUCAGGGGAUUAUCCGAGGAAGAACGGAGAGAUCCUCAGCGGCCAAUACGGGACCAAUUUGCUGCUGCUCGGGCUAGCGAUGAUGCUGGCGGUCCAAGGUGACCCCUCUGUCAGGGAAGAGCACUUGUUGGCCUUAGUCACCUGCCUCAUGAUCCUCCAGCUGAUCUGGAUGUUGUGGUACAUCCUGUUGCGGGACAGACAGAAGAACACGCGGACCGAGAAAGAUGUCCACGCCACAACAUGCUGGAUAAGAGGAGGUUUGACUCUCCUUGCAGUCCUUUCACUGAUUAUGGACGCUUUCCGGAUCGGGUACUAUGUUGGCUAUCAGUCUUGUGUGUCAGCUGUGCUCGGGGUUUAUCCUGUCAUCCACGCAACUCAUACAAUAACACAGGUGCAUUUUCUCUGGUUUCACAUCAAGGAUGUCAUCCAGAGCUUUGAAACAUUUGAGAGAUUUGGUGUAAUCCAUGCAGUCUUUACCAACCUCCUCCUGUGGUGCAACGGUGUAAUGUCAGAGGCCGAGCACUUCUUGAACAACCACAAGAGAAGACUCUUUGCACUGGGCUUUGAAAACCUCACUAUACUGCACUCAGAGCCUGACUGUAACUGCACCACCAGCACUUGCUCCUUGUUCUCCAAAAGCCUCUUCUAUCUCUAUCCCUUCAACGUUGAGUACCACAUAUUUGUCUCUGCCAUGCUCUUCGUCAUGUGGAAAAACAUUGGGCGGACCAUUGACCUUUCUUCAAACAGGAAGAGGCUGGCUACCAAAACCCAGGGCCUGCACAUAGGCCCCAUUCUGGGUCUACUUGCACUGGCCGGCACUAUCGGGGUCAUGGUGGUCUACAUCACCAACAUAGAGCAAUCCCUCCAAACACAUAAUUCAGCCAUUUCUAUGUUCUACAUUUAUGGCAUUGCCAUGCUGGCGUUCAUGUGCUCCGCUGGUUCCUUAGGUCUGCUCAUAUAUCGAGUGGACCACAUGCCUCCGGACACCUCCAAGAACCCGUCCAGACAGCUAGACACAGAGCUGCUGUGUGGGUCCUCUGUCGGCUCCUGGCUCAUGUCCUGGUGCAGCAUUGUGGCUGUGGUAGGAGCCAACACCAAUCCUCCUUUCCGCUGGACCAACUUUGUCUACUCUCUGCUUGUUGUGUUGGAGAAGUACAUCCAGAACCUCUUCAUUGUAGAGUCCCUGUAUCGCCAGCAAAAGGAUGGAGAGAGGGAGGACCCCGAGUUGCCAGCUGCCCCGGAAAUCUUCUCGGUGACGUCUUCUUUAGCCCCACCGUACAACGGCAUCAUUAACCAAGCCUACGAGACUCCAGACAGAACCUGUGUCUCCCUGGAGAACGAGAACGAGGAGGAGAGCAGGCAGGUGUACGGAUGUCCAAGGAAACCUUCUGAGGUGUCGCUGCCUGUGAGAAACAAAGUAAAGCAGCCUCUAAAUAUAAAGAGGAAAGUCCUGAAAAACAUUGCUGUCUUCCUGAUAAUGUCCAACAUUUCGCUGUGGAUCCUUCCUGCCUUUGGCUGCCGGCCACAGUACGACAACGGUUUGGAACAGGAGACAUUUGGCUACAGCACAUGGACCACAGUUCUCAAUUUUGCCAUUCCUUUGAACCUUUUCUACCGCAUCCACUCAGUCGCCUCCCUCUUCGAGGUGUUCCGCCGGGUCUGACAGAAAAGCAGAUGACUGACAAUGCCAGAUACGCUAACAUGCACAAGAACACUUGUCACCACCGGCUCCCGUGAGUGUCUCACAGCGCAGGUCAGCCUUUCAGGAGGCAGUCUGGGUCACACUGCCACAGACUUGAAAGCAAUCUGCAGAGACAAACAAAACAUAGAUCCCUCAGUGUUGGGAUUACAGAGGAAGACAAAACCUAUUAGCCUACGCUCCUUGAAAAAUUACCUUGUUUAACACAAGGCUUAUUAAAAAUGGUCAUGGAAAUGACUUUUGGUUUCAAGAAUUUCAAAAGAGCUCUUUGUACUUUUUGUUCUGUAGUUACAUUACUGUAGGUUUUACUCUCUGGUUCAUCAUGUCAAAUAUACAUGAUGUAUCUGACAGACUUAUUUUGUACUGUUUGAUAUUAGUAGCUGAAAGUAUAUGAUAUACUACUUAUAAAAUACUACAGCUAAGCCUCUUAAACACCUGUUAGUAUCAAGCUUCUACUGUGUUCAACAGAGCCGCAAGUUAACCCAUUGACCCAUAUUUUAACUGCAUGUGAAAUGUUCAUACUGUAUAAGGAUAUGGUUCUCAUUUACUUCUCUUAGUAGUUCAAGUUUAAUGGAACAGUAUAAAACCUGAGCUACAAAGAUAGUGACAAUCUUAGCACUAUAUUUUGAAUAAUCUUUAUGAGUUGGACUAUAGUUCUCUGUCUCUCUCUCUGUCAUUUAAGGUUCAUCAUUGUCCUAUUAUAUGCUGAUUCUCUGUUCUGUCAAUUUAACUAAUAAGUUAUGUUCAAAAUGAUGUUGGUUAUACUGGGUUAUCUUCUACCACAUAUAGUGAGAAGUGCUAGGUAAGACAGAUCUACUGUCAAAAAUAUUUCCCUUCUGAAUUUAUGUAUGUAUAAAAAAGUUUUCAAAUCAGGUGGAUCUAUAUUAUCAAAAGUGGAAAUCUUGUAUCAGAAUAUUUCCAGGAUUAUAACACAAUAUAAAGAAACAGUUACUGUAAUGGCAACUGCUACACCAGAUCAGAGAUUGUAUGUUUACACCUGAAAGAUCAGCAAUAAAAAACAUCCCAUGUCUGUGACAUUACUUAUUUCUUUUUGAUAUAAAACGCAGAUAUACUUUUUACUUGUACUGUACAAUUUUAUAUCAAAUUAAUGUAUAAUUUUUGUCAGUUCUCAACAUGGUGCUAUCCACUCUUUGUGUUGUCACUAUGUGCCAACUUGUGGUAAAAAUCCUGCAAACUGCAAUAUUAUAAUCUUUGUAAAUACUCUCAUGCUGAUUAAAAUCAUCACUCAGACACUGACACGAUUUUGUGAAAAUCCAAUAAAAUGGUGCUCAAAUGAAAUGACGUGUACUAUAGUGAUGAAUGUAUAUCCUUUGCCUAUAUUGAAACAAAUAACAUUUUCUUUUUUUCAUAUUCA